GCAAAUGCAAAGUGGUUUUGUGAGAUCUCAUGAAAUAGCUUUGUCUCACUAAAAUUUCGCAAAACUAUUAUCUUACCUGCUUCCACCAAUGGAAAGGUAUUGCGAGGGAAUGAAACGACAUAGGUCCAAUCGGGCGGCGAAUUAAAAUAAACGUAGAUGUGAAAGGAAAUUGUUCCAUUACAUUUAAGAUUCGGAUGAUAAUUCAAUUGAAGUAAAAUCCUCACAAUAAAUUAAAACCAUAAAGGAUAUUCUUCAACUUGAUUUAAAAAUUGAUUUACAUACAAAUUCUGCCAAAAUGUUGUUCGAAAAUCCAGCUGUAGCAGCAAAACUUCCGUUUCCGUAUAAUGUGCCGCCACCGAUACAGGCCGCAGCAGCUGCCGUUCCCAGCCUAAGGUUUCAGACUCCAAUUAAAGCGUUUGCCUGUUUAGCAGCUGCAAGGUAUGUAUCUCCAGUAAACACAAUGAAUAUGGAUGCAAUGACAUAUACUUUGGCUUGUAAUCCGAUCGAAAAUUCUGGAUUAAUUGAUCAACAUAGUCGCGAUUUACAUAGUGCUUUAGUGGCGACAAUAAAUAAUAGUGUAGCAGUGAAUGGGGCUAUUACCCCAGCUGCUGUAACUACUAAUUCACCGUUACAAAAUAAAAAUGUCAGCUGCUUGGUCCAGCAGCAGACACAACAACAACAACAACAAUCUCAACAGCAAUUACAACAACAACAACAACAGCAAAUAAAUGCUUUAAAUGGGACCAUAAAUUUAAACAACUCUGCGAAAUCAACAUCGUCAGGCAGAUCAACACCAAACAAUUGUAGUACAGAUCCAGCACCUGGUAAACUUUUUGUCGGUGGUCUCAGCUGGCAAACAUCUUCGGAGAAAUUGAAGGAAUAUUUUAAUAUGUUUGGAACAGUCACAGAUGUUUUGAUAAUGAAGGACCCGGUUACGCAGAGAAGUCGCGGUUUCGGGUUUAUAACAUUUAAAGAACCAAACAGCGUUGACAAAGUUCUUAAGGUGCCAAUUCACACACUCGAUGGCAAAAAAAUCGAUCCAAAGCAUGCUACUCCAAAAAAUCGACCAAGACAAGCGAACAAGACUAAGAAAAUAUUUGUCGGUGGUGUUUCACAAGAAACAUCCGCAGAUGAAGUAAAAGCAUAUUUCGGUCAAUUCGGCAAUGUCGAGGAAACAGUUAUGCUAAUGGACCAACAGACAAAACGCCAUCGAGGAUUUGGAUUUGUCACAUUCGAAAAUGAGGAUGUCGUUGAUCGUGUUUGCGAAAUUCACUUUCAUACAAUCAAAAAUAAGAAAGUUGAAUGCAAGAAAGCUCAGCCAAAAGAAGCAGUUACACCUGCAGCACAAUUGCUACAGAAACGUUUGAUGUUUGGUACAUUAGGCGUUCGAUUACCAACUAACCCAGGACAGCUAGUUGGGGGACCAGGGGCUACUCAAACUGUUGCUGCAGUUAACCCAUUAGCGUUGUUACAGUCGCAACAAGCAGCUCAAGCACAUGCCGCGCAAGCCGCCAUGAUGCAUAAUCCUUUUUCCGUACAAAAUACAGCUGCAGCUGUUAACUCAGGAUAUGGAAAACUGUUGGCAACCUACCCGCAAACAACACUUCAUAGUUUAAGGUAUGCACCAUAUCCAAUUCCAGCUAGCGCUGCAGCAGCAGUUGCGGCUGCUCAACAACAUCAGCAACAUCAUCACCAUCAGCAACAACAAAAUGCCGUCAAUCAGCAUACGGCUAAUCAAGCAACAAAUCAUGCAGCAGUAGCGGCAAAUACAGCUGCUCAUGCAGCGAACUCAGCAGCACAUGUUGCGGCUGCGCAACAGGCAGCUCUAGUUGCAUCAAAUCCAAUGAAUGCUCAUGCAGCAGUAGCCGCAGCAGCUACUGGUAAUCCAUAUCAAAGCUAUGCUUUAGCGAAUGUCGAUAUGUCAAGCUUUCAAGGCGUUGACUGGGGAUCAAUGUACGGUAUGGGAAUGUAUGUUUAGGGGUAGUGAGUUGCUACUUCAAAAUGGUAUUUAAAAAGUCAAAAGUAUGUAGUUUGUUUGCAUAAUUAACAUUUUUUUUUUAGUUAUUUUUGUUUAACUUGCCUGAAUUCAAAGAAUUUUCUUAAUCUCUUAAAAAACAAAAAAUUAAAAGUAUUUUAGGUUUAUAAUUUUUGUAAAAUAACUAAGCGAAUUAAUUUACCAAAUUACAAAUAAUGCAGACACUGGCAAUUCUGGCAGGACUUAUCUGAAUUUUUACAAGUAAAUUAAUUUUUAAGAAGUAAUAAUCUUACUACACACUCACACAUCUCUAAUUAAGUAAACAAAAUUAAGUUCAAACUUAAUUUUUUUUUAAUUAUAAGAAUAUAAUUAUGAACAAACAAAAAAAAAAAAAAAAACAUCUCAAAACCACCGAUUGUGAUUGCGAUUGAUUCCAAUAUGAAAGAAUUAAAAAAACAAAAAAAAAAAUACCGUAGAAAAAGUGCAUACCAAAUUGUAUUUACCUUUUUUCUUAAAAAAAAAACAAAAAAAAAAUCACUAUUAAAGGUACUUAAUAAGAAAUAACAAAACAAAAAAAUAUUAUCUGUAGAAACUAUUAUCUUUCAGACUGACUGAUUAACAAUUGAUUUCAGACUACACCAUAAAGUAUAACGCAAUAGAUACUAGAAUAAGGAUUUUAAUUUUGUUUGAUUAGCUGUAGUGUUUUGAAAUAAACUGUUGUUAUGUGUUGAUAAAAAAAAAAUAAUAUUUCUUAUAACCAAAACUAAAGAAAUUAUCAUGUAUACCAUAUUCGACAGAUUGAGAAAUUUCACUAUCGUUAUUAUUAAUUAUUAUCAUGUGUCCCUUCGACUUCUUAUAAUCUCCUUAAGACCUAGCUUAAGAAACAAAAAAAAAUUAAAAAAUCAUGACAUGGGCAUUACACAAAUAAUUACAAACAUUUUUAAAUUUUUCCUUCAAACUUUGUCUAACGUGUUAUUUCAUACAAACAUUUCCAAUAUCAGUAUUUUUUAAAAAAAAAUUAUUUUGUAGUAAUAAAUGAUUCAGUUGAAUGUUUUUUUUUUUAUUAAUUAAUUAUAUUAUUAACUUAAUAUUUAAAUUUGUCUGCUUAAAAAUAUAUAUCUAUUUGGGUUUUUCUUUCUAUUGCGGUAAAAAAAAAACUGAAAAGAAUAACAAAAUAUCUAGUAGUUAUUAAUA